AUGGCACCGAUGAACUACCAAGUGUUGAUUACCGGAGAGCAGGACACCAAGACUGCUCAGAAACGACGAAAUGUCUAUCUCCGACCCUUCCUCCUCUUCUGGCUCAAUUCUCUUUUUGCGGAGGUCAUUUUCUUGGCAGUUGGUAUUUUCAUCAUGACGGGUACUCGAGACCUUCUGUACAAAGUCUUAUGGACGCUGGUUUUCUGUCCACUUGGAAUGGGCGGCGCGAUGGGAGGGCUUAUCAACUGCUUCAUUGUCGACCACUACUAUGGCAAAAAAGCGGCACAUUUUACGGGAAUUCUGUCGCUCCUGAUACUGAGUAGUUGCAACUAUCUGUGCUACAAUCUCGAUCGACAUUUCGGCUGGUUCGGCGCGACUGAACAUCCACUAUGGUUCCACUGGCGUUACCCCAUGAUUUGGGUGGUUGGGUACUUCAACGGGCUGCUGUUGUUCACCGACCGGGGACAGGAGCGAUUGGCUAGGCUUGGGCUUUGA